GUCUGAUGGUGAGAUUGACCAUCUCUUUCGCGUCUUCCGCGUCGUUGGAACGCCAACGGUGGAGACGUGGCCGGAGUUCGUGUGCACGAAGCACUACUCUGCGAAAUUCCCACACUACGAGAGAUUCGACCUCUCUCAGGUGGCGCGCGGAGCGUGUCGGACGAGCUUCACGACCUAUGCAGACCAAGAUUCGUUGCUGCGGCAGGCUGGCCCAGAUCGCAAUGAGAUCUUGGAGCAGUUAAUUGCGACUGCGAAAACCCUCGGCGUGGAGGGGAUGUUCCUGGUGGAUCAGCUUGUCGCCUUGCCACCCAGUAAGCGUGCAG